AAACAUAAAUAGAUAAAUAUGAAUGUUUAUACAUUCUGAUUUUGAAAAAAGAAAGAAAUAUUGAACAUUAUGUUACUCGCUUUUGUAUUAUUACAGAAAUGAUGAUAAUACUUUAUGUGUAACAGUUGCAAGAAUUUUACUAGUGUAUAUAAAUAAAGUAUUUAGUUUCAUAAUAAUAACAGUAGUAUUUUUUUUCAGUAAUAAAAUGCCAUAUUUUCCUUAUUUUAUUUUUGAGAAUAUAAAAAGUAGCAGUAUUUCUUAGUUAAUUUGGCAAUUUAGAAAUUAGCAAGUUGUAGAAAAAAAAUUGUCACGAACGGUUUAUCUAUGUUAUAAAGGUUAUAUUUAUGCUUUGUAUUACAUAAAUACAUAGUUAAUUUGAAAGAACGCGUAUUUUAAAUUCUCUGGAAGUUGUUUCAAUAAGAUGGAGCAAGAUUUGAAAACAAAGAUUGAUGAAGCUUGCCGUACAGCCGAGGAAUUUACAAAACUUUAUUAUGAAAGUUUAGAUAAACGAAGAUAUUUAAUAUCAAGAUUGUAUUUGGACACUGCAACUUUAAUAUGGAAUGGAAAUGGUAUUGAAGGCAAAGAUAAUAUACAGAAAUUUUGGACAGAUUUACCACCCUCUGAUCAUAAUGUUUUUGCCUUAGAUGCUCAACCAGUAACGGGUCCUGAGAUGGCAGAUCAACUAACAUUUUUAGUCAAAGUUGGAGGACACGUAAAAUAUGAUGAUAGAUCAUCAAAACCAUUUAAUCAAAGUUUCUUGAUUGCAGCAAUGGGAGAUAAAUGGAAGAUCGUAAGCGACUGUUUCCGAGUACAAGAAGUAUUAGAAAAUGCAAGUUAAAGGAAUAGAAUAAUAGAUUUGUUUUGUAAAAUA